GAUGGUCAUAUGCAUUGCUCUUUAGUUAUCUAUGCUUACUACUCAUCAGUCAAUAGGUAGUUCAUCAGUGGUUUGAUGUUUGACGUGCUACAGGUUUCAUAUAAAUUGUUACUGUGCAUAUAAUUCAAAAAAUCAAGAAACACCUAAAAAUAUUCAUACAAGUAUUUACAAACUGACAUAUGUGUUUCUGUGUUCUGGGUCGCUUGAAAGUAACUUUUCAUUAAAUGGCUCCAAAACGUAACAAAAGUAAAACAGAGGACGUGAUAGAUUCAGGAGACGAAUCUGAAGAGUAUAGAAAGAAAAGGGAUCGCAACAAUUUGGCAGUGAAAAGAAGUCGAAUUAAGUCAAAAAUAAAGACGCAAGAAACCAUGAAGAAGGUAAACCAGUUGCGCAACGAAAAUUCAAUUUUGGAAGAAAAAGUGAAAAAUCUUACAAAAGAAUUGGGCUUUUUGAAAGAACUGUUUCUGGCUCAUGCUAGCAACUCUAGUGACAAAGCUAAAUUUGAAAAUAUUGAUUUACAAAGACUCUUAGCUGAUGAUAGUACACUUACUGAAAAGGAAUAAAAAAGCUUUUAUCAGUUUAUGAAAUUGGUUUAUAGAUAUUUAUGUGUAAAGUAUAAAAUCUAUUAAAAAAACGAAUUGUAGUGUUAAGUCACUUUAAAAACAACAGGUAUUUUUGCAUUAUUAUAUGUUAUUAUACUAAUUGUAAGUGUUUGUCAAAUAUGUUUUGGUUCUUAACUGUAGGGGAGGCUGGAGUUGGUUGGCAUUUUGACUUUUCUAUUUUUUUAUGCAAUACCUGGAAAAUACCUGGAAAGAUCUUGAAGAAAGUGGUGAAUUGUUUAAAUUUUUAACUACGAAAACAUGUUGGGUCGUUAACUAAAUAUGUGUUUAGGUCAUCUCAAGACAUUUUGCAAUAAUGCCAACUAACCCUAGGUUCGGGAUAAUUGACAUCUUUAUGCAAAACACUAUCUUUGGGAAAAAACUUUGGUAAUUUUCUACUUUAGGAACAGUACCUCCAAUUUUAUGCAAUUUUUGUAUGUUGUUACAGUUGAUUGUGCUGAUUAAAUAUACAUAUAUGAAUAUUUUGGGCACAUAUUCUGGAGGCAACCUAACUUCAUUAUUUUCAAUGAAACACCCUGUGUAUUUUUACAUUUUUCGUAUGUUUGUUUAAUUUUAGGUCGACUUUGUUAACAGUUCUCUGAGAUAUGCAACAAAUGAUUUCAUAUCUUUGAAUGAGAUCAAAUAGCAUAUACCUAAAUCAUAAAAGCUAAAAACCUGCAGUUUGGACGGUUCAUUUUAACAAGAAUUACCGUAUUUUUUUCGCUGUAGGCAAAAUGUGUAUGUUAUUCAGAGGCAGAAAUAUCAAAACCUACUUUUGACAAUAUUAUAAGACGAACAACUAUUUCCCUUUCUAUUGUUAUAAGGUUUUAAAUAUUUAUCUCUAACAGUUUUUGUUUCAAUUUCAAUUCGUCUUAUAUGAUUGCCAGAAGUAUUAACAGGUUUCGAUAUUUUUCCGAAUAAUAUACAGAUUUUACCCAUAGCAAAAAAUAUGCGGUAAUUGGUUCUAAAACGAAGUGUUCUAACUGCAGGUUUUUAGAUUUUAUGAAUUAGAUGCUAUUUGGUUUUAUUCAAAGAGUUGAAAUCGUGUUUGUUUUUUCAAAAACAGUCGAAUAUCUCAAAAACUAUUAUUGAUAAAUAUAAAAAAUUGUUAACAAAGUCGAUCU